AUGAAGGAUGAGGACCCAUUGAAGCAUCUUGACAAGUUUGACAGAAUUUGUUCUUUGCAGCAACUCAAUGGAGUUUCUGAAGAUGGUUUCAAGUUAAGGCUUUUCCCUUUCUCUCUAGAGGAUAAAGCUCUCACUUGGGAAGCAUCUCUACCUGCUGGAUCAGUCACCACUUGGGCGCAGUGUAAGCAAUCUUUCUUGGCUAAGUUCUUUCCAACCUCAAGAACAGCACAGCUGCGCAAUGAUAUCUCCGGUUUCACGCAAAUGAAUGGAGAAUCUUUCUGUGAGGCAUAUGAGCGCUUCAAGGGCUACCAGAUGCAGUGUCCUCACCAUGGUUUCUCUGAGGAGAAUCUACUCAGUACCUUGUACAGAGGAGCAUUACCCAAGUACAGAAUGCAUCUUGAUUCAGCAAGCAAUGGUUACUUCAUGGGUAAAGAUGUUGAUGCUGGAUUGAUUUUAGUUGAGAACAUUGCAACUAGUGAUGGAAACUAUGGUGAAGAUUGUAACAGAGCUGAGAGAAGCAGUGCUGCUCAAGAGGAGAAGCACAAGAAAGAGCUCAAGACUCUAAAUGAUAAGCUUGACAAGAUACUGUCUGGUCAGAAAAAGAAAGUCCACUUCCUUAAUAGUGAGGAGAUUGUGAUUCAAGACAAGGAGAAAACUCAAGAGAGGGAGCUCAACUAUGUGGGUAAUCAAGGUGGAUUGAUAACCUUAAACUAUGCUGCAAUGAUAUGA